GGGGCUAUCGACGCCCGCCGCCCUCGCAGACUUCAAGGGGACAGACUCAGAGCGGCGCAAUGUCUGCAGCCAGCAUGUCCAUCCGGCCGGUCCUGCUGCUACUGCUGGCCUGCUCGAUCACUGUCUGCACAUCGGGUGCCCUCGCACCAGGAAGAGAAGUACUGAGGGCUCCAACCAAACAAGUCAUCAAGAACUACUUCGCCACGGACAGGACGAGGGUGUCCCUGACGUGCGAGCCCGAGCGGUUCCUGGUCCAGAUCAACUUCACGCAGCCGUUCCGGGGCGUGGUGCACGCGGGCCACAAAAAGGGCAAGUGCAAGAUCCGCGGCGACGGGUCGCGGGCCUACACGCUGCGCGUGCCGCUCAACGACUGCAGCACCACGCACAACGACGCCACCGGCAGCUUCACGAACAGCCUGACCAUCCGCUUCCACCCGUCACUCGAGCUCGAGGGAGACGAAAUCAAGACUCUAGUCUGCAAGUUCACCACGGGAGAAGUGAACCUCGGUUGAAAUCGGAGGACCAAGAUUCCAGCAGCCGUCACGGCUCAUGUUUCGUUCUGCAUUCAUGAGCCGUGCUACUCUGCCUGUCCGCCAACGGAAGGUCGUCGGUUUUCUAUAGAAUGGUCCAAAGCCUGCGAGAGAGUGCGGCUAUUAGUACCACUGCCGAACUAUGAUCAAUUUGAACUGUGGUGGGCUUUGCUUUCCACAGGAACAGCUUCAGCCAAAACCGCUAAAAAUUGUGUUGUAGGUCUACGACAUCUCAUGCUCAGAAGUCUUUCAAGUCUUACAUAAUAUGUUCGAACCUCGU